AUGGCACACUCGAUCAUCUCUCCUUCAAUCCUUUAUUAUGGAACACCAGUUGUGCUUAUCACCUCUGAAAAUGAGGAUGGGCCGGACAAUAUUUGUGCCAUUUCAUCAGUUUUUUGGCUUGGCCACCGUUGCAUUCUCGGAUUCUCGUCCGAGAGUAAGACGCCACAGAAUAUCCUCAGAACGGGUCAAUGUGUGGUGAAUCUCCCAGAUGACAGCAUGGCUCGCCACAUCAACCUACUGGCUACUACAACUGGCUCAAAGGUCGUAUCAGCUUCAAAGCUCGAAAGGAACUAUCGUUAUGUUAGGGAUAAAUGGACCACGGCUGAACUCACCGCACAACCGUCUGACCUUGUUCGCCCAGCACGAAUUCAAGAGUGCCCCGUCCAGAUGGAAUGCGAGCUAGCUAAAAGCCAUACGUUGAUGGAAGACUUUCCUGAUCUCAAGGGAGUGGUUGUGGCUAUUGAGCUCAAGGUUCUCCGAACCCACAUUAUGGAACACCUUCGAAUGCCAGGUCAUCCUAAUCGAGUUAAUCCGGACCGUCUGAGACCAAUUUUCAUGUGUUUUCAGGAGUUUUACGGGUUUGGGGAUGGAAAAGUGUCGGAGAGCACGCUGGGUAAGGUUGAUGAAGAGAAAUACCGAGGGCUCACGCGGAGUAGCAAAGUUGCGCUUCCCGGAGAUGGAGAUAAGGAGGAGGUUGAGAAGAAGUGGAGAAUUCUUGCAGAAUGA